GUGUCGGAAGAAGCAAAGCGAGAAGUUCAACAUUUGAAUUAUGUGAUUUUGGGAUUCUUUGGUAUGACUUUUUCGGUUUGGACAUUGUUUGGAAGUAUAAUUGUAAAAGAAUUAAGACUCUAUCCACUUAUUUUCGGUUUACUAUACUUUCUGGCUCUUUGUUCUUUGCUCGCUUCGUUUUUUGAAAUCAAUAGAUACGCCGUCUUGGUUGGAUUGUUUCAUUUAUCAUUUUCAAUCACUUCAUUCUUUCUAGCAAAAUUCUGGCCACUCUGCUGUCUAUUACUCCUCUCCUCUUUCGUUUUCUCAAUUAAUGCAUGGUCCUGUUUCUUCACAGAAUCGUAUAUUCUCUGUGAACAUCGGAGAUACGACUGGGAUAUGCAAAAGUCUCCAAUUGAUGGAGUCAUUUGUCACGUAACAGUCAGAGAAGAAACCUACUCACUGUACUCUGACGUCAUCUUUUCAGAACAUUUUUUUUUCAAAAUUUUCCUUUUUUCUCAUGACUAUUGGGUCAAUAUCUCGUUCCGGGUUAUGUGUAUGCACAGGUUACAUUUCAAGUUAUUCGUUCAUUUUUUCGCAUUUCUGUCAAACACAAUUUACCAUGUUUUGGUUUGGCUUUCUACUUAUUUUUCCAGUUUUUGGCGAGGAAUCCACUCAACCUCCUCUACGUGUCUGGAAAGACAGGAUUUGAAUCCGGAACUGCCGAUAAAUAUUUCCAAAACUGUCUCGUUUCCCAAUGAUACCAACAUCACAUUUUUAGAAAAUAAAGGCUGUUCUUGGGCUAUUACUAUCCCAAAUAAUUAUUUUGCAAUUCUCUACAUCAAUGCAUAUGUUCCAAUAGGUGGUAGCAUAUCAGUAACCCAAUCACCAAAUCAUACGGAAAAAUUUGUGGAUCAUCACGUGGAAGUAGCUCUCCUAUUUGUUGCUCCCAGUUUCAACCUAAAUUGGUUUUCUGGAAAUUCGUCGAAAGGAAGCAUCCACUUCACAGUGAAUUGGCAGAGUUUCCCUGAAAACAUGACGACUCAGAACUACACUCUUGAGAGAAACAGUUCGUCAAUUAUACUGGAUCAUGAGGACACCUACACUCCAGUUGUAUUCCACGCAGCCACAAAAGUAUCCAUUCUAUGUUUACCUGGAACUCAAAGAGAAGAAGAUACUUAUCUAAGAACUGGAAUUGUAUUCGACGGACCCGAUUUGAAUAGUCCGUUUCUUGGAAGUUUAUACUCUAUUAUGCGAUCUCAAUCUCAAUUGAUUUCGACAAAUUCGACUGUAACGAUCUUCUCAAUUGUUCCUAUCGUGUCUCAUCAUCAUGUUAUUGUUCAGGAUGCAUCAAUGUAUCAAAACAUCAGUCAAAUAAUUGGAUUAAACGUUAAUGAUUCAGCAGUGGAGAUUAUUAAAAUCAAUGCUCAAUCUGGAAAUUCCGUCGUUUUUACCCAUAACAACAAUCCGCUAAUAGAUGAAUACUUAAUUUCCGUAGAUUUGGAAUCCGGAAAUGAGCUACAAGUUUAUUUCGAAGGACUGUCUGAAAAUCAAAGAGUCGCAACAUACAGUACCAAAAACAAUAGAACACAUUUGCCUCAAAAACUUCAAGGACGUCUUCGAUACUACGUUUUGUCGUCUGGAAAUGCCACGUUGUCAUUGACAAGAGACAAAUGGAAGGCCAAUUGGGAGAAGGCGUUCUCUGGAAGACGUGGAUUCUUCACUUCAAAAUAUUGGAAAAGUGACAAUAAACAAAUGAGAUCACAGCAAGACUCGUUUCAUUUCAUCGGAAAGGAAGAGCGAAAUGCAACAGAAUUCAGAUUUUCGUAUCGGUUUUUGGAAGCCGAUUUAUCAGGAGAUAACAAUAUUCAUGUCGUUGUUUCAGAUAAUGUUCAAAGAAUUCAUUAUUAUGAUCACCGAACAUCAUCUGAAUACACCAACGACACUGAAUGGUACUCUCAUUACGGUCAUUCGAUUUCGCUGGUCUAUUCAUCAAUUAACGCUCAAUCGACUGGAUUUUUCGCAGAAUUUGAAAUUGACUCAGCAUCCGGGAACUAUUCCUUUUGGUUCAUAUUUGUUACUGUAGUUGUCGUGAUGGGACCCACGGCCACGGCCACCGGCUUUUCUCUUCCACAGCUCCGAUUUUUUGAACUAGAAGAAUACUUUAAUAGGAAUACAUUGUAUUCAUUUUCAGAACAGUGUAUUUGA